AUGGACUUUCUAGAGAGAUACGAAUUUCUAGUUGACACCAAGAAACGGCGAUUAACACUAAAAGAAACUUCGUAUUACACAAAAGGCAAAGAAAGUCACAUCAGCUCUCUUAACUUGAUUCAAACUCCUCCAGUAACAACAGCGAAAUUCCAAGAUAUACUCGCGGAAUUUCCAAACUUAACUAAACCAAACUCACAGCCUUCCAAAGACAAACUAAAACUUGUAAGUGCACUUGCUGUGAAUCAUUUUUAUCUGUUUCAGUUGACACUCAUCAGCCAAUUACCUCUUAUCGUUGAAAUUGUUAAAUAUUCCUGUGCUUGGUGA